GUUAUAUCACUAAAAUGUCGUCAGCACUCACCACACCAGUUUUCAUACUUCCCUUUGCUCUCUACAAAGAGCGCACGCCCUCAGCCGCAGUCAUCGCCGCCAAUCCAACAGCAACAACAUUGCAAUUAUACUGCCCCGACGAAGUCUCCGCAGAAUGCAAGUCAUCCGGGUACAACAACUCCAUUGUAGUCGGACCAUGGGCAAGCAAGACUGUUCCAGCUGGCGCGGCUUCAACGGGCAUCUUCCAUUGGAUGUUGGCUUUGAACGAUCUGGGUGGCGUCAGUUCUGUUGAGUGUCUUGUGAGCAGCGGCACGCCUCAGACUUGCACGACCAUGAUGCUGCCGAAGGAAACUGGGGAAGACGGGAUUACCGACGUUGCGACUGGUUUUGGAAGUAUCACGAAAGAGUUUGAGCUGAAGUUUGGUACGCUGCCAAUCGUCAUCACCAAGGGUCAGGAACUGCUUGAAACAACAUCUCAAGCCACGACCACGGAGGAUUCUAGUGCUGCUCAAGCCACUGGAAGUGAAACUGAGGCUACAAGUGCAGAGGCCACGGCUACUAGCACUUCAACUGAUGCUGCGGCACCAAAGGAAACUAAUGGGGCUGGAUCAGGUGCUGUCCGAAUGCUGAGUACCAUAUUUAUGGCUGGACUAGCCUCAUUAAUUGUGCAAUUUUGAGCGUUAUUAUGGUUUUACGGAUUCUUUUCUAAAGAUUUUCCCGAGGAUGUUGUCGCAGAUCCAGGUAAUGAAAGUACUCCAGAGCUCAAUUUUCAGGGACACAUUCAGCAAACAACAUUACUACCUAUAUAAUAGUAUUUACGUAGCAUAUACAAUCUACUGUUAAAAAGAAAA